AGCAACAAAAGAGUUUUACAACAUCUUUUCAGGGGUAAUAGUAGUGAAAGCAUUAAUGGAGAUGACGAGAAAAGGUUCGAGCGCUUUAUUAUUCCUAGCUUUGAUUGUGAUGGUGUCAAUAAGAGGUGAGGAACAAGAUGGAAUUAGCACUACUCUAGCUCAAACCAAUGUGACUUCACAAACUUCAGCUAAGCUUCCACAAGGAAGUGGUCAAGAGGCACACAGAAUGAACAAAACUUACAAUGAUGUUGUCGUCAAGUACAAUGAAAAGCGAAAUUAUGGAGGUGGUGGUGGAGGAGGAGGUGGAGGAGGGGGAGGAGGGGGAGCUACUGCUGGUGGUGGUGGUGGUGGUGGGGGUGCGGGUGCUAUGGGAGGAGGUGGUGGCUGGGGAUGGGGCGGGGGCGGGGGAGGUUGGUGGGGGUGGGGAUGUGGGAGAUCACAAAAAAAGUACAACGGGCGAGAGCACCAAGGCCAUGCACACAGGAAGAAUGUGCCUGCGAACCAAUACUAUAAGAUAGGGGAAUUUGCGCAAUGCACGACGGAGGGAAGGUGUCAAGGCAUGAGACUGGAUUGUCCUCUUCAUUGUGGCGGACCUUGUUUCUAUGACUGCAAAAAUAUGUGCAAGGCUCAUUGUAGACGCUAGAUUAUUCUCCGUUCCAAUUUUCUCCACAUCUGCUUUUUUGAGAUGAGUUUGAAACGAGGGCUGUUUUAAGUUGUGUCUAUACGAGUUUUAGUCGGUAAUGUGCUCUUAGUAAACCAAAUGAGGUUGCAGUUAUCAUCUACUAUAGUUGUUUUGUGUAAUGGUUGUGCUCCUUGACUUUGCAUUGGUUGUUCUUAAUUGUAUUGUAUCCCUAUUCUUGCCUUGUAUUGUCUGCCAAAAAACAUACUUGCACACUUUUAGAGAAAAUGAAAGAAAUAUACUGCUAUAAACUGGG